AUGGCAUUUUAUUCCGAUGAAGAACAACCAUGGAAAUGUUCAAGACACCCACCAAUCACCAAUCGCAAUCACACCGGAAUCUGUCCAAUUUGUCUCCGAGAUCGCCUCAUUAACCUCUGCCCCAACUGCGCCAACCCCCGCCCUUGCCCUUGUUGCCGGCCACCUUCCUCCGGCAACACCUCCGGCAGCACCUCCGGCAGCAACUCAUCAUUCUAUGACCUCUUCCCCCCUUCAUCUUCCUCCUCCGGUCAUGGCCAAAUCGGCCGUGUCUCAAAUCUAAUUGAAAGUGAACCACCUUUUGGUCGAUCAAGAUCAGUAGGAGUUCACCUCCUUAAAUCAAGAUUCUCCGGCGAUCCAAUUAUCUCUAACAAGUCCAUCAGAGCAAUCCCGACUGAAAACCGAAUUGGGAUUUCAAGAUUUUGGUCGGUGUUUCGUACCCAAAAGAUCAAAGAAGAAUUCCGUGAAGAAGAUGUGAAUUCUCAAAUGAUGAGAUCGAGAUCUGUUUACAGUACUAUUGCUGCAAAGGCGACACCUAAAGCGUCGGCAAUGACAAGGACGACGGUUGUGAAAUCGACAAAAGGGUGGAAUUUUCCUAGUCCGAUGAAAGUUUUCCGACAACAUAAAACAUCUAAGGUUGUACAAGAACAUUAA